AUGGCUCAACGUCAACAACGCGCCGCACCAUUUGGUUUACUUUUUACUGCCUACUUUACACGUCUACUUUCUCCGCAACUCGAACUCGAUCUGAAACAUGGCGUUAUCGCCAUAACAGCCAUAGCAAGAAAUGGACAAGAAUCAUCGCUGACGAGGGAUUUCCGAUUUCCACCGGAUACCAAAACAGAGGUGCUACGGUUUUGUCACUGUGUUUCUCUUGUGGCUCCCGACGACGUUCCUCUUGCUGCUCCUGUCAGUGUUUCUCUUGCGGCUCCCGACGACUUUACUCCUCCUCCCAACGGAUUUCCUAUUGUGGCUCCCGUUGGUGUUCCUCCUCCUCCCGACGAUAUUCGUCCUCCUCUUCCCGACGACAGUCCUCUUACGGCUCCCGACGGGGUGUUUCUCUUGUGGGGUUCCGAUGGAGUUCCUCUUGUUGCUCUCGAAGGUGUUUCUCUUGUGGCUCCCGACGGCGUUCCUGUUGCUGCUCCUGACAGUGUUUUUCUUGUGGCUCCCGACGGCGUUACUCCUCUCCCAACGGAUUUUCCUAUUGUGGCUCCCGUGGGUUGUUCUCCUCCUCCCGACGACAUUCGUCCUUUCCUCUUCUCGACGGCAGUCCUCUUACGGCUCCCGACGGGGUUCCUCCUCCUCCUCCUCCCAAUGAUCUUCCUCUUGUGGCUUCCGAUGAUCUUCAUCUCAGGUGUUUCUCUUGUGGCUCCCGACGACGUUCCUCUUGCUGCUCCUGUCAGUGUUUCUCUUGCGGCUCCCGACGACUUUACUCCUCCUCCCAACGGAUUUCCUAUUGUGGCUCCCGUUGGUGUUCCUCCUCCUCCCGACGAUAUUCGUCCUCCUCUUCCCGACGACAGUCCUCUUACGGCUCCCGACGGGAACCCUAAUGGCUCAACGUCAACAACGCGCCGCACCAUUUGUGUUACUCCGCAACUCGAACUCGAUCUGAAACAUGGCGUUUAUCGCCAUAAUAGCCAUAGCAAGAAAUGGACAAGAAUCAUCGCUGACGAGGAUUUCCGAUUUCCACCGGAUACCAAAACAGAGGUGCUACAGCAAAAAUGGCGUCGAAUGCGCAAGGAUGAUCCAAAACUCUCCGUUCUUUUGAGUGGACCAUCUCGCUUGGCGGAUGAAAUGCUAGGUGUUUCUCUUGCGGCUCCCGACGGCUUUACUCCUCCUCCCAACGGAUUUCCUAUUGUGGCUCCCGUUGGUGUUCCUCCUCCUCCCGACGAUAUUCGUCCUCCUCUUCCCGACGGCAGUCCUCUUACGGCUCCCGACGGGGUUCCUCCUCCUCCUCCUCCCAAUGAUCUUCCUCUUGUGGCUUCCGAUGAUCUUCAUCUCAGAACCCUAAUGGCUCAACGUCAACAACGCGCCGCACCAUUUGUGUUUACUCUGCAACUCGAACUCGAUCUGAAACAUGGCGUUUAUCGCCAUAACAACCAUAGCAAGAAAUGGACAAGAAUCAUCGCUGACGACGAUUUCCGAUUUCCACCGGAUACCAAAACAGAGGUGCUACGGCAAAAAUGGUGUCGGAUGCGUAAGGAUGAUCCAAAACUCUCCAUUCUUUUGAUUGGACCAUCUCGCUUGGCGGAUGAAAUGCUAGGGUUGGGAGGCACUCCCUGCGGUAUUCCUCUUGCGGCUCUCGAAGGUGUUUCUCUUGUUGCUUCCGACGAUGUUCCUCUUGCUGCUCUCGAAGGUGUUUCUCUUGUGGCUCCCGACGACGUUCCUCUUGCUGCUCUUGUCAGUGUUUCUCUUGCGGCUCCCGACGGUGUUACUCCUCCUCCCAACGGCUUUCCUCUUGUGGCUACCGUUGGUGUUCCUCCUCCUCCCGACGACAUUCGUGUUUCUCUUGUGGCUCCCGACGGAGUUCCUCUUGCUACUCCUGUUAGUCUUUUUCUUGCGGCUCCCAACGGCGUUACUCCUCCUCCCAACGGCUUUCCUCUUGUGGCUCCCGUCGGUGUUCCUCCUCCUCCCGACGACAUUCGUCCUCCUCUUCCCGAAGGCAGUCCUCUUACGACUCCCGACGGGCAAAAAUGGCGUCGGAUGCGCAAGGAUGAUCCAAAACUCUCCAUUCUUUUGAGUGGACCACCUCGCUUGGCGAAUGAAAUGCUAAGUGUUUCUCUUGCGGCUCUCGACGGCGUUACUCCUCCUACCAACGACUUUCCUCUUGUGGCUCCCGUCGGUGUUCCUCCUCCUCCCGACGACAUUCGUCCUCCUCCUCCCGACGGCAGUCCUCUUACGGCUCCCGACGGGGUUCCUCCUCCUCAUCCUCCUCCCAAUGAUCUUCCUCUUGUGGCUUCCGAUGAUCUUCAUCUCAGUGUUUCUCUUGCGGCUCCCGACGACGUUACUCCUCCUCCCAACGGAUUUCCUAUUGUGGCUCCCGUCGGUGUUUCUCCUCCUCCCAACGACAUUCGUCCUCCUCUUCCCGACGGCAGUCAUCUUACGACUCCCGACGGGGUUCCUCCUCCUCCUCCUCCCAAUGAUCUUCCUCUUGUGGCUUCCGAUGAUCUUCAUCUCAGUGUUUCUCUUGCGGCUCGCGACGGUGUUACUCCUCCUCCCAACGGCUUUCCUCUUGUGGCUCCCGUCGGUGUUCCUCCUCCUCCCGACGACAUUCGUCCUCUUCCUCCCGACGGCAGUCCUCUUACGGCUCCCGACGGGGUUCCUCCUCCUCCUCCUCCUCCCAAUGAUCUUCCUCUUGUGGAUUCCGAUGAUCUUCAUCUCAGAUGGCGUCGGAUGCGCAAGGAUGAUCCAAAACUCUUCAUUCUUUUCAGUGGACCAUCUCGCUUGGCGGAUGAAAUGCUAGGGUUGGGAGGCACUCCCGGCAGUGUUCGUCUUGCGACUCUCGAAGGUGUUUCUCUUAUGGCUCCCGACGACGUUCCUCUUGUUGCUCUCGAAGGUGUUUCUCUUGUGGCUCCCGACGGAGUUCCUCUUGCUGCUCCUGUCAGUGUUUCUCUUACGGCUCCCAACGGUGUUACUCCUCCUCCCAACGGAUUUCCUAUUGUGGCUCCCGUCGGUGUUUCUCCUCCUCCCGACGACAUUCGUCCUCCUCUUCCCGACGGCAGUCCUCUUACGACUCCCGACGGGGUUCCUCCUCCUCCUCCUCCCAAUGAUCUUCCUCUUGUGGCUUCCGAUGAUCUUCAUCUCAGAACCCUAAUGGCUCAACGUCAACAACGCGCCGCACCAUUUGUGUUUACUCCGCAACUCGAACUCGAUCUGAAACAUGGCGUUUAUCGCCAUAAUAACCAUAUCAAGAAAUGGACAAGAAUCAUCGCUGACGAGGAUUUCCGAUUUCCACUGGAUACCAAAACAGAGGUGCUACGGCAAAAAUGGCGUCGGAUGCGCAAGGAUGAUCCAAAACUCUCCAUUCUUUUGAAUGGACCAUCUCGCUUGGCGGAUGAAAUGCUAGGGUUGGGAGGUACUCCCUGCGGUGUUCCUCUUGCGGCUCUCGAAGGUGUUUCUCUUAUGGCUCCCGACGACGUUCCUCUUGCUGCUCUCGAAGGUGUUUCUCUUGUGGCUCCCGACGGCAUUCCUCUUGCUACUCCUGUCAGUGUUUCUCUUGCGGCUCCCGACGACAUUACUCCUCCUCCCAAUGGCUUUCCUCUUGUGGCUCCCGUCGGUGUUCCUCCUCCUCCUGACGAUAUUCGUCCUCCUCCUCCCGACGGCAGUCCUCUUACGGCUCCCGACGGGCCUAGCAAAAAAUGGACAAGAAUCAUCGUUGACGAGGAUUUCCGAAUUCCACCGGAUACCAAAACAGAGGUGCUCCGGCAAAAAUGGCGUCGGAUGCGCAACGAUGAUCCAAAACUCUCCAUUCUUUUGAGUGGACCACCUCGCUUGGCGGAUGAAAUGCUAGGGUUGGGAGGCACUCCAUGCGGUGUUCCUCUUGAGGCUCUCGAAGGUGUUUCUCUUGUGGCUCCCGACGGCGUUCCUCUCGAAGGUCUUUCUCUUGUGGCUCCCGACGGUGUUCCUCUUGCUACUCCUGUCAGUGUUUCUCUUGCGGCUCCCGACGGCGUUACUCCUCCUCCCAACGGCUUUCCUCUUGUGGCUCUCGUCGGUGUUCCUCCUCCUCCCGACGACAGUCCUCUUACGGCUUCCGACGGGGUUCCUCCUCCUCCUCCUCCUCCCAAUGAUCUUCCUCUUGUGGAUUCCGAUGAUCUUCAUCUCAGAUGGCGUCGGAUGCGCAAGGAUGAUCCAAAACUCUUCAUUCUUUUCAGUGGACCAUCUCGCUUGGCGGAUGAAAUGCUAGGGUUGGGAGGCACUCCCGGCGGUGUUCGUCUUGCGACUCUCGAAGGUGUUUCUCUUAUGGCUCCCGACGACGUUCCUCUUGUUGCUCUCGAAGGUGUUUCUCUUGUGGCUCCCGACGGAGUUCCUCUUGCUGCUCCUGUCAGUGUUUCUCUUACGGCUCCCAACGGUGUUACUCCUCCUCCCAACGGAUUUCCUAUUGUGGCUCCCGUCGGUGUUUCUCCUCCUCCCGACGACAUUCGUCCUCCUCUUCCCGACGGCAGUCCUCUUACGACUCCCGACGGGGUUCCUCCUCCUCCUCCUCCCAAUGAUCUUCCUCUUGUGGCUUCCGAUGAUCUUCAUCUCAGUGUUUCUCUUGCGGCUCCCGACGGCGUUACUCCUCCUCCAAACGGAUUUCCUCUUGUGGCUCCCGUCGGUGUUCCUCCUCCUCCCGACGACAUUCGUCCUCCUCCUACCGACGACAGUCCUCUUACAGCUCCCGACGGGGUUCCUCCUCCUCCUCCCAAUGAUCUUCCUCUUGUGGCUUCCGAUGAUCUUCAUCUCAGUGUUUCUCUUGCGUCUCCCGACGACGUUACUCCUCCUCCCAACGGCUUUCCUCUUGUGGCUCCCGUCGGUGUUCCUCCUCCUCCGGACGACAUUCGUCCUCCUCCUCCCGACGGCAGUCCUCUUACGGCUCCCGACGGGGUUCCUCCUCCUCCUCCUCCCAAUGAGCUUCCUCUAGUGGCUUCCAAUGAUCUUCAUCUCAGGAAUGUCUAUACCUUUUCCAUUUGCUAUUUCAGUGCUGUGAAUUUCUUUGUGCAAAAAUGGCGUCGGAUGCGCAAGGAUGAUCCAAAACUCUCCAUUCUUUUGAGUGGACCAUCUCGCUUGGCGGAUGAAAUGCUAGGGUUGGGAGGCAAUCCCGACGGUGUUCCUCUUGCGGCUCUCGAAGGUGUUUCUCUUGUGGCUCCCGAUGACGUUCCUUUUGCUGCUCUAGAAGGUGUUUCUCUUGUGGCUCCCGACGGCGUUCCUCUUGCUGCUCAUGUCAGUGUUUCUCUUACGGCUCCCGACGGUGUUACUCCUCCUCCCAACGACUUUCUUCUUGUGGCUCCCGUCGGUGUUCCUCCUCCUCCCGACGACAUUCCUCCUGACGGCGUUACUCCUCCUCCCAACGGCUUUCCUCUUGUGGCUCCCGUCGGUGUUCCUCCUCCUCCCGACGACAUUCGUCCUCCUCCUCCCGACGGGGUUCCUCCACCUCCUUCUCCGAAUGAUCUUCCUCUUGUGGCUUCCGAUGAUCUUCAUCUCAGUGCUCCUCCUCCUCCCGACGACAUUCGUCCUCCUCCUCCCGACGGCAGUCCUCUUACGGCUCCUGACGGGGUUCCUCCACCGCCUCCUCCCAAUGAUCUUCCUCUUGUGGCUUCCGAUGAUCUUCAUCUUAGUGUUUCUCCUGCGGCUCCCGACGGUGUUACUUCUCCUCCCACAGGCUUUCCUCUUGUGGCUCCCGUCGGUGUUCCUCCUCCUCCCGACGACAUUCAUCCUCCUCCUCCCGACGGCAGUCCUCUUACGGUUCCCGACGGGCAAAAAUGGCGUCGGAUGCGCAAGGAUGAUCCAAAACUCUCCAUUCUUUUGAGUGGACCAUCUCGCUUGGCGGAUGAAUUGCUAGAGUUGGGAGGCACUCCCGGCGGUGUUCCUCUUGCGGCUCUCAAAGGUGUUUCUCUUUGCUGUGAAUUUCUUAGUGGUUAUAUUCAUUUGUUUGAUUUUGAUGUUGAACCUAUGGAAAUCUAA